AAGGUUGUUGACGUUGAUUGGAACUUCAACGGCUCGGCGGAAGACCGAAAAUUAGAAAACAGAACAGUCCGGUCAGAGAGAAGAACGUGGACUGUGGACAUGGCGGAACUCAAUUUUUACUAGGGUUUUGAAGAAGAUCAUUUUGGUUCCGGCACAAGGAGAAGUCGUCUGAGAGGUUAUUGAGAGAUGGGCAAUUUAUUCGUUAAGAAACCGAAGGUCACCGAUGUCGAUCGAGCCAUUCUUUCUCUCAAAACCCAGCGACGGAAGCUUGCGCAAUACCAGCAACAGCUUGAUGCUGUUAUAGAAGCCGAGAAGCAAGCUGCAAGGGACUUGAUUCGUGAAAAGAAGAAAGACAGGGCCUUGCUUGCAUUAAAGAAGAAGAAGGCCCAGGAAGAAUUAUUGAAGCAAGUCGACAACUGGUUGAUUAAUGUGGAACAACAAUUGGCAGACAUUGAAUUGGCAAGCAAGCAGAAGGCUGUAUUUGAAAGCUUGAAGGCUGGUACAAGUGCUAUUAAAUCUAUACAGAGUGAGAUCAAUUUGGAGGAUGUUCAAAAGCUAAUGGAUGAUUCAGCUGAAGCAAAAGCUUACCAAGAUGAAAUCAAUGCAAUAUUAGGGGAAAAACUAUCAGCUGAAGAUGAAGAAGAAGUCUUAGCAGAAUUUGAGAACUUGGAAACUGAGCUCUCUAUUCAAGAUCUACCAGAAGUUCCUGUUCCUUCAGUGCCAUCUCAAGAACAAGCAGCUCAUUUACAGAGACCAGAAGCAAAGCCUCAAACAGCUGAGGCUAGUGACAUCGAGGAGGACUUGGUGCUCCCAGAUGUGCCAACCAAAGCCCCUGUUGCUCCUGAGGGUGUUUCAGAUGUCGGGGAUGAUGCUUCUACAGCAGUAUCUACAAGAAGAAAAGUCAUGGAGGAGCCAUUACCUGCUUGAUCGAUGGGAGAAUUUGGAGUUUUUAGUGUAACACGUUACAGAAUUUGUCAUAGGAGUCCAUUUGGGAUACUCAGUGAACCUCAUAGGUCAUUGGCAAUUUGUACUACUACACAAUUAUCUUUUCUUGUGAUGACUGCUAAAAUCUGUACAUUUCAUUUGACAUCUUAAUGUAUAAAGUCUUCAUCUGUAUA